GUUUAUGCAGAAACCCAAAAUUUCAUUCAAUGGCAAUUAGGGCAUUUAUUAUCUUAAUUAGUAUAUUAUGUUAUAUUUCAUAUUAUGCUAAUGCUAAAGAAAACUUUACAGCAUUAUCAUCAUCAAUAUCAAAAGAAGAACACUUGGAAAUAGAUGAGCAACUUAAGCAAUUGAAUAAGCCAGCAGUCAAGACCAUCCAAGUAAAUGAUGGAGUUAUUUAUGACUGUGUUGAUUUCUAUAAGCAACCCGCCUUUGAUCAUCCUUUAUUGAAGGACCAUAAUUAUUACCAUACGAUGAAACCUUCUUCUCGUCCUACAAAUUUAAUUAAAAAUAAAAAUGAAACACAUAGCGAGCAUAAAAUGGAAGAGGUAAAAGGUUUAGGAUGUCCAACUGGAACAGUUCCUAUUAGAAGAACUACAAAAGAAGAUCUCAUUAGAUCUAAACUAUUCACAAAUAGAAUAAUUACUCCUCAAACUGUUGAGAAGCCAGGUCUUCAUCAUGCUGUGCUUCGAACAAAGCCUGGAAGAAGAUACAAUGGAGGUGGUGUAAUCAUGAGUGUACAUGAUUUAUCUACUAUCAUAAGGCCUCGUUAUAGUGUAUCUCACAUGACAAUUAAAAAUGGACCUGAUACCAUACAAGCUGGAUGGACGGUAAACCCUAAUUUGUACGGCGAUAGUAAAACUCGCUUCUUCACAUUUUUACAAGCUGGUGGAAGAUCUUGUUUCAACACACAUUGUCCUGGUUUUGUUAUUGUUAAUACCGAUAUACCACUCGACCAUGUUUAUCAACUACUUUCUCAACGUGGUGGCCCAAUAUAUCUUACACAAAUUUUUAUUUAUCGAGAUGCUGUGAAUGGAAAUUGGUGGCUUGAAUAUGGAAGAGACGGGACUCAAAUCGGUUUCUGGCCCGGACGCAUAUUUAGUAGUCUUAACACAGGGAGUAACCAUGUAGAAUGGGGCGGAGAGGCUUACACUCCACCGGGACAAAAAGCUACUCAAAUGGGCAACAGUUUCCGUCCAAAAGGAGAUUCAAGAUUCGAAGCAUAUAUGAAACAAAUUACAACCAUUGACGAAUCUCAUAAACAAGUCAUUGCUACAAAUACUGAAACCUUUGUUGAUGAUAAACAUUUAUAUGGUAUUUUGGAUUGGGGAAUGGAAGGGAUACAUGGUCAUGUUAUGUCUUAUGGAGGCCCUUUUUUCUCUGCUAUUUAAUUUUUAUUACUAAUAAUAUAUAAUAAUAACAAUAAUAAAAAUUCUUAUGGAAAAAAAAAAACAAGGUCAUGUUAUUUUUAUUAAAUAAUAAUAAUAACAAUAAUAUGUACUUUUAUAUCAAAUUAGUAAUCACAUGUCUACUUUUAAGCCA